AUGCCUGUGGUUCUCCUUGCGUUAUUAGUUACUACACUGCAAUUAAACCGUGUGCAUAGCUCACCUCCAAGAGAAAAGAUCAUGAUAGAGGUGGACAUCUCUGGAAUGCGACCGGGAAAGGUCGAAAUUAUUCCAUCUGCACAAUAUCCCGGCGCUAUUAACUAUAUUGUCAGAGGGAAUUCCAGGCAUACCCAUGUCAUUGGAAAUAUCAAAGAUGGGAGUGUGUUAAUAACCGAAGGUGAUCCUCGGUCAAUGAGUAGAUACGUCCUGCUGUUAAGAAAAAACAAUGGCACAAAAUAUCUCAGGGUAAUUACCAGAUAUAGAAAUAACAAUAUCUAUUCGACAAGGAUUACAGAAUUUAGAAAGAGGGAAAACGAAGUGGAAUAUAGCGCAGUCAUUAAAAGACCUGUGGAUAUCAAUUUACCAACUCAGGAGGAUAACAACGCCAUUAGUGUAAAGCUCGUAUCAAUACCUGAGCCGGGAGAUACCAAACCUGAGCAGGCACAGUCUUUGAAGUUUAGCGUUAAACAAGAAAUGAUUGACGAAAUAAUAAUUGGAAAGGUGCUCUUUGGGAAAUAUAUUCUUGAUGACAAAAGAACUGACAUGGUUAACAGAGUGGUUAUUUGGGAAGGAGGACUUCGUUAUCCAUCGGUAACAAUUAUAACGAGAUACUCUGACGGAAAUGAGCUCGAAAACGAUUACAAGUAUAUGGACAGUGAAAUAGGAUUUGUAGUGGAAAGCGUCAAGAGAAAGUUUUCAAGCUUGUGCGAAUAG